AUGGCCUGUAUUUGUUCGGGCGUCAGGUACAUGGGAGGUCGGUGUUGUCAGAAUAUCGCCAAGGGACACCAUAUCAAUCUGGCCAGGGAACACCGUAUCAAGGGACAUCAUCAGCACAAGGGACACCAUACAACAAUGGGGUUUAACAUUGCCGGAGGUCGUAGCUCAAAUGCACCGACUAAAACCUCAAUCUUGGAGCGUCUUGACGCAGCGGAAAAGAAGAUCGAGAAGCUCGAAAAUGAAGGUGCAGACAAGGGCAAACCUCCCAAGAAGGCUGCGACCCCGAACAUUUCGAACGAGCAUCCAAUCUUGGAAGACCUGUCGCUUGGCAAGGCGAAGCGAGUAGAAGUGUUGAUAGCUAUCAAACCGUUACCGAACAGAGAACCAUUUGAGAUCUCGGAAAAUUUGAUUCCACUGUCGAUGCAAAAUUUGUUCCAGUCUGUGUCUAACUGCAGUGAGUGCACGGGGGCUUUCGAGACUUCAUCAUCGACCAGCAGACCUCACGGGAUGAUUCGGCGCACAUUAGGGAAAUCAAUGAACAUGGGAAAAAGUUACCGUAUUCUGGACCUCCAACCACUCAAGCUUGAUCGUGUUGCGGUCUACCAUCAUGAUAGCUCUACCGUCAAAAGAGGUCGAAAGGAUGGAUUUACGGAUCAGGUUAGUGGUGGGACAUGUCCGACCAGAAAGUCGUUUCCGCAGUGUAAUAAUUGGGAUCAGAAGAAACUACAAACGUCCAAAAUAUUGUAA